UAUUUGCUCAGAAAACAGAGGUGGAAGAUUUUCUCGGAGUCCAAACAAGUCUCUUUGAGAGGUGACCUGAAGAAGAAGAAGAACAAGUUUUAGAUCUGCGUCACUGUCGCAGUCCUUCAAUGGUGCUGCUUCCGCCCUCUCUUUCUUAGCUGGAAGAUUUGCUGGUAUCCCAGCAAAUGAAAGCAUGUGCAAUGGAUCAGACAAGAUAAAACCCAAUUCUUCUCCAGCAGCAUCUCUCAUCUCUGUUGACGAAAGUAGACUCUCCAAUACAGCCAUGAAUCACUUGACAGUUGAAACUGAAGAUGCUUUCGCCAGCUUACUUGAGCUUGCUGCGAACAAUGACAUUGAGAGCUUUAAACGAUCAAUUGAGCAGGACCCUUCUGCCAUCGAUGAGAUUGGGUUGUGGUAUUGUCGUCAGAAGGGCUCAAAACAGAUGGUUAAUGAGCAGAGAACCCCUUUAAUGGUUGCUGCUACAUAUGGUAGCAUUGAUGUUGUGAAGCUAAUUCUUUCUCUCUCUGAUGCUGAUGUGAACCAGGCCUGCGGGCAUGAUAGGAGCACUGCUCUUCACUGUGCUGCUUCAGGUGGGGCUGAGAAUGCCGUGGAUUGUGUGAAGCUGCUUUUAGAAGCUGGUGCUGAUCCUAAUUCGCUUGAUGCUAAUGGUCAUCGGCCUAUUGACGUUAUAGUUGUUCCUCCUAGGCUACAGAAUGUCAAAUUAGCUAUAGAAGAACUCCUUGUGAUAAAUGGUACUGCUGGUGAAAAAACUCUCACGGUGUCAACAAGAACCAUACAUUCAACUUCUCCUCCACUGUCAGCUUCCCCAGAAAAUGGGUCGCCGUCUGCUUUAGAUUUUACUUGUUCCCCAACAAAGUCGAAGUUCUAUAAUUCUCUAUCUUCUGCAUCAGAGAAGAAGGAAUAUCCUGUUGACCCCUCUCUUCCAGACAUCAAGAACAGCAUUUAUUCAACUGAUGAGUUCCGAAUGUAUUCAUUCAAGGUGAGGCCUUGUUCACGUGCAUACUCUCAUGAUUGGACUGAGUGCCCUUUUGUCCAUCCAGGGGAAAAUGCACGAAGAAGGGAUCCAAGGAAGUUUCAUUAUAGCUGUGUUCCGUGUCCUGAUUUCAGAAAGGGGGCUUGCAGACGUGGAGAUAUGUGUGAAUAUGCUCAUGGGGUUUUUGAGUGCUGGCUACACCCAGCUCAGUAUCGAACCCGACUUUGCAAGGAUGGUACAACCUGUGCAAGGAGAGUCUGCUUUUUUGCCCACACCACAGAGGAACUCAGGCCAUUAUACGUUUCUACUGGUUCUGCUGUUCCUUCUCCUCGUUCGAGCACCUCUGGUGCUUCGGCCAUGGAUUUUGCUGCUGCAAUGAGCCUCUUGCCUGGUUCCCCAUCAUCAGUCAAUGUCAUGUCUCCUUCACCAUUCACUCCACCCAUGUCUCCAUCUGCCAAUGGCAUGUCACACUCAUCUCUGGGUUGGCCCCAACCUAAUGUCCCGGCCUUGCAUCUGCCAGGUAGCAAUCUUCAGUCUAGUCGCUUGAGAUCUUCUCUUUGUGCAAGAGAUAUGCCAGCGGAUGAUUUUGAUUUACUGCCAGAGUUUGAUAUGCAGCAACAGCAGCUGCAGCAACAGCAGCUUCUAAAUGAAUUAUCUUGCCUAUCCCAACCAUCUCUGAGUAAUAAUUCACUGAACCGUUCUGGUCGAAGGACAACCCUAACCCCCUCUAAUCUUGAUGAUAUCUUCUCUGCUGAGAGCUUAUCACCCCGGUACUCUGAUCAAUCAUUGCAAUCAGGUGUUUUCUCCCCAACUCACAAAUCAGCUGUUCUCAAUCAAUUUCAACAGCAGCAGAGCAUACUUUCACCGAUCCAUACAAACUUUUCUCCAAAAACUGUUGAUCAUGCUCUAUUGCAGGCCUCUUAUGGGGGCCCAUCCUCUGGGAGGAUGUCUCCACGGAAUGUGGAACCUAUCUCACCAAUGGGCUCUCGGGUUUCAAUGCUAGCUCAAAGAGAGAAGCAACAACAGUUUCGUAGCCUUAGUUCACGGGAACUCGGCUCCAGUUCUGCAUCCAUUGUUGGUUCCUCUCCAAAUUCUUGGUCAAAAUGGGGAUCCUCCAAUGGAAAACCAGAUUGGGCAGUUUCUACAGAUGAAUUGGGUAAGCUCCGCAGAUCAUCUUCUUUUGAGCUUGGGAACAAUGGAGAGGAGCCGGAUCUGUCAUGGGUUCAGUCACUUGUUAAAGAAUCUCCUACUGACAUCAAAGAGAAGCAAACCCCGAGCUCAGCUGUUACGGCCACGGGUUCCUCCAACAACGGUCCAAGUGCAAACUCCCAAAGGGAGGCGGUCGAUCAUGCAGUGUUGGGAGCAUGGAUUGACCAAAUGCAUCUUGAUCUCGUGGCUCAGCAGAACUGACACAACGUGGCGGCUAUCUCAAAGAUUUUGUUGGCGGGUGGUCUUGGAAAGUAGCUAAACAUGGAUUACCAGGUCACUUGAAGAAAUUCAUUUCACCAUUUAUUGUCACAGAAGUUAGAAAAGAGUAAGAAUACCUCUGGGUUAUACUCGAAAAAGUCGGAACCCGGUCUAGGUGCCGUUUUCAUCGAAAAUAUUUUAAAAUUUUAGGGGUUUAUUAUGAUCAUCAAAUUUUUUUCUUCUAAGAUGAGCAAACGUGUUGUAUGAACAUGAAGCUCGAAAAUCAUAUGGCCUGUUUAAUAUUUUGGGUUCCUUUUAUUCGUUGUCGAAAUUCAGUACAAAAAUUAGGAGGGGGUCAUUUUAUUAUUGUCUCAGAAAGGUUUCUUCAUAUUAUGAGCCUGGAGUCUGGACUGGAUCUCUGGUCCAUUUUUGGGGAUUGGAAAGGUUGUUCUUGCUCCUAAUGGUUCUUUUUUCUGAUGUAAUUUUGUAAUACAGCAACUGCUGCUAGUAGGGGCAGUUGCUAGGGAUAAAAAGAGGGAGAUGGAGAAAUUAUGAUCCUUCCAUAAUUGUAACAUUCAAGUUUUACUGCUAUUGCUAUUAUUCAGAUGCUUAUAUUUUUCA